CCCUACUUCGCGCUCCUAUCAUCUCCGUUAUCCCCCGUGAAAAAACAUAAACUGAUUUUGCACAACCUGGAAAUUCUCGAGAAAAUGAACCAAUCGUCCAAACAACAGCUCCAGUUAAAUAUUCAUCAGGUCUUCACCAACAUCCAAACCCAUUGCUCUGGCUUCCUCCAUAAUCUCUCCCAAAACCUCUCCCUCUCGAACCCCAACCCUUCUUCUCUCCACUCCCAGUUCCUUUCCAAUCUAUCUGUCCUCCAGAAUGAGGCAAGACAAGCUUUCGGGGAGGGUUUUUCCCACCUCAAUUUGCCUCGUCACACGAGUGGCCCGGUUUGGGCUCGAAUUGCCGAUAAUGGCAAGGCCCAGGUAGCGCCCGUUCGCCAAUCCGGUGCCUCGAUGUCCGAUGAGUCUAUUGAAGAGAGGUUAGCAGGGGUACCCGUGUAUGCUUUGAGCAAUUCGGACGAGGAAUUCGUGUUGGUCUCGGGUGUUUCAACGAAGAAAUCUCUUGGGUUGUUGUGUUUCAAGAAGGAGGAUGCGGAGGUGCUUCUUCAGCAGAUGAAGAGCAUGGACCCGGGUAUGCGGAAAGAAGGAUCUAAAGUUGUUGCUAUUGCUCUGAAUAAGGUGUUUCAGCUAAAGCUUGAUGGAGUGGCAUUUAGGUUGAUACCCGAGUCAGCUCAGGUGAAGAAUGCAAUCAAGGGUUUACUUCAGUGAACUAAAGCAAUUCGUGACUUCAUCGGAUGAGUGAAUCAUGGAGCAUUGACAAGAACCUCUAAUUGUACUGAAGCAGAAGCAUCAACUCUUACUAAUUAUUUGCUCAGCUACCAUCCUCUACUGUUAAAGUCCUGAAAAACAAUUCUAUUUCAUCCAACAAGGUUCUAUUCUCGUAGUCAGAAUUGGUAUCCAGCGGUGACACGGAUGACAUCAAGUGAAUGAGAGAUUCACAAACUUGUCCCAGAUCAUCUGGUGAGCAGCAAAUCCUAGGUGAUUUAGCCCAGCAAUUUGCUCAGCAUUCAAGAAUUCAGAAUUCAGAAGUUCUCGAAAUAGAAGUACUGUCUCAGCACUGAUAUUUGUUGUGGCGAGGUUUUCAAUUAUGCCAGUUAUAGAUGGAUCAUCAAAGACAGUUCUCAUCCACCCAGGAGAAUUUUGGAGUUUUAGCAAUGCGACAGUUACAUGAACUGCAGGCUUAUUAUGAUUACUGUAAGAGUUUGAUGCUAAACAUGGAAUCCCCAAAGAUAUUGCCAUCUCUUCCACGAUUAACCUACACCAGUUAUUCUUUGAACCCUGCACGACCAACUUUUCCCAUCCUAAAAUCUUUGACAAGCAGAUAGCACAGUUCAUAGCCACUCUAGUGUCGGUGUAAAAGACCAGGCCUUCUAAUACAGCCAUUACAGAUUCUAGGUAAGCCACAGGGCAUUUUAGCUCCUCAUGUUUUAUAUCUAUCUGUUCUGACAGUCUGGUAAUUAACUCCAAAAGGCAAUAUGAAGUGACAAGCUUAAUUAGUGGAGGCCCAAAAGUCAUCAGCCUGCACAACUCAUGGCAACUGACAUUUAUAGUGGAAAGUAGUUGUUGCACCUUGUUAGACGGAUCAAAGAAAGAUUGCCAGUCCAUAGCCCCUGGUAGAACUAUAGGCAAACUAAG